GUGCCCGUGACUUUUAGAAAAUCCAAUGCAAGUAAGGAACUCCCAAAAGAAGAAUGCAGGAAAAAAAAAUUGGGGAUUCAAGUUUCCUUGUUGUGUUUCUCAUCCGUGAACCAAUAAAAACGACGGAAAAGAAUUGGGACGUUGGGCUCCUUAUAUUUUGCCCCAUUCUGUACACCACCAGAGUUGCAGAACUGGGAAUGCACGAUCCGCAUGUUAUUUGUCGAUGGUGAAUAAGAAGAUGGUGAGGUCGUCACUGUCGAUUCAGGCUUUCUUGAAAUCAUCGUCCUUCGCAUUCCUGUCUACCUACAAAUUUCUUUCUACAAGUAGACAGCUCCACCAUUAUGUUGCUUUAGAAGCGUUGCCUGUUGAUGUGAUUUGUUUGUAUGUUGAUGUCUACCCGUCAGCCGUUCCUUGCCCGACGAGGCCGUCACCCAAUGGGGCCGGGCCGUCUUCCGGUCAGGCUAGCAGCCGGACGGGGGGGAGCCUUUUCCAGUCCGGCCAGAAAAGGCCUGCAGGGGACUUCUUCCCCUGGCCUGACGGGGAAGGAGGCGAUACUGGGCCGCCUCGUCGGUUCUACGGACCUUCCCGAUGGAACGGCAGAAGGAAAGUUACCCUGUUGCUCGGAUGAGGGCAGAGGUCUGCCGCCAUUUCAGUUUUCCAAGCGGCUGAAGUACCAUUGCAGAGACAUCGUCUCCAAGGCAUUAAUGGGUUCAACGCCAUUUCAAUCAGGUAUGACCAUUGAGGCACAGAUGAAAGCGUCUUAAUCCAGGGAGAAACAACUCAAAUCUUAUUCUUUCUUCUUUGUUGGUGUAAUCUAAAAUGAAAAAAUAUGCCAAAUUACUUGAUAUAUUUUACAUUAGUGGGCGGAGCAGAAUG